AUGCACUGCGCGCCCCGCGCUGAGGAGGCCGCGCCCGCCUUCUCCGCUACCGCGGCGACCGCUGCUCGCGUCCGGGCUGCCCGAGGCCGCAUCUCACACGCUCAUGCCGCCCGCCGCUGCAGCCGCCGCCGCCGCCGCGGGCUCGGAGCAGCAGGCCGGCCGUGGAAGGCGAGAAGCGCCGAUCCGAUAGCUGGGCCGAGCGAGGCGUCCUGUGGCGGCCGCGCCUCCUCCGCGCCUCCUCCGCAGGCCCCGCCCCUCGCUCCGCCCUGCGCGGCACGCUGGGAAGCGCACUCAGCCUCCGCCCUUCGUCCCGCCCCCGGUGAGUCACGUGGUGCAGGAGCGGCGCAGCGGCGGCUGGCUUAUCCUGAGGCUUCGCUGCCUGGAAACUUUCAUUCUAUGGAGGAUGGACGCUCAGUUCGUGAGCAGGAUGCCUACCUUGGCCUUCUGUCCCACAUAUGCACUCAGUCAUUGAGCGCUGCAUUUGGCCGCAGGAGCUUAAUUCAUGUACUAAUACUGCUUUAUAAGCAUAUUUAA